GGCGGAGUGGGUGGGGGCAGGAAAAGCGACAUGGCGGCGGAGAGAGGAGAGGGGCCGCUGCAGGAGAUGAUGGAGGUCUUCUUCCCAGAUUGUUGGUUUAGGAAGAUGUGAAGGGAGGAAAAAGUGCUUCAAAAAUCAAAGUAAAAACAAGGGUUGACAGGCGGGUAGAGUCAGAAGAGUCAGGAGAUGAUGAAGGGAAGAAGCAAGCAGGUUGCAUAGUAACAGACCUCAGUCAGCAGAGCCUGAGAGAUGAGCAGAAUGGGGAGAACUUAACAGGAGAAGCAGAGACACCAGUCGAUAUGGAGACAAUUAACCUGGACCCGGAAGCUGAGGAUGUUGACCUGAAUCAUUUCCGAAUUGGAAAGAUCGAGGGAUUUGAAGUGCUCAAGAAAGUGAAGACUCUGUGUCUACGUCAGAAUUUGGUUAAGUGCAUCGAGAACCUGGAACAGCUGCAGACUCUCAGAGAACUGGAUCUCUAUGACAAUCAGAUUCGGAAGAUUGAGAACUUAGAGGCCCUGACAGACCUUGAGAUCCUGGACAUCUCUUUUAACUUGCUGCGACACAUUGAAGGACUAGACUGGCUCACCCAGCUUAAAAAACUCUUCCUGGUCAACAAUAAAAUCAGCAAAAUUGAGAACCUGAGCAACUUACAGCAAUUACAGAUGUUAGAGCUGGGAUCCAAUCGAAUCCGGGCAAUUGAGAAUAUUGACACAUUGACUAACCUUGACAGCCUAUUCCUGGGAAAGAACAAAAUCACCAAGCUCCAGAACUUGGAUGCACUGACAAACUUGACAGUGCUCAGUAUACAGAGCAACCGGCUGACCAAGAUUGAGGGUCUACAGAACCUGGUGAAUCUGCGUGAGCUGUACCUUAGCCACAACGGCAUAGAAGUCAUCGAGGGACUGGAGAACAAUAACAAACUUACAAUGCUGGACAUUGCAUCCAAUAGGAUCAAAAAGAUUGAAAAUGUCAGCCAUCUAACAGAGCUGCAGGAAUUCUGGAUGAAUGAUAAUCUCGUUGAGAGUUGGAGUGACCUGGAUGAGCUGAAGGGAGCCAAGAAUUUGGAAACUGUAUAUCUGGAGAGAAACCCCCUGCAGAAGGAUCCUCAGUACCGGCGCAAAAUCAUGCUGGCUCUUCCUUCUGUCCGGCAGAUUGAUGCCACGUUUGUCCGAUUCUGAACCUCCUGCCUACCCUCUCUCCUUCCCUCCUUGGAGAAAUGUCCCAUCUGGGUUUUUUAUCCACUUACCACUACCCAAAUACACUGGCACAGAGCAAACGGCCAAUAAAAAGCACUGAGUACCAGAUCUUGUGUAUAAUGCACUCUCUCAUUGUUUUUGAAAUAUUAUUAUGAUAAUUAUUAUUAAAUCUUAACACAUGAUA